GAAAGUCUCGUGAUUCAGCUUUACAAAACAGAAAAAAGUAUUGACGAAUAAUUUAGAUGUCAUUUUAUCCGUACUGUAAGGUUGCUGGAGCGUUUUCAGACAUCAGACUCGUACCCUGCAUUACUACAACUGUCAGGAUGAUAAUGUAAUACCAGUGGAAAUAAGUAACGAGACAACGCAGACAGUGGCAAUACUAUGUGAACCUUCUGCAGAAACUAUGGAUCCCCGCCUCAGUGCACAGGAUGUGAUCAGAUGUGAACUUUGUGAGACAGAUAUAGUACAGAUGUACUGUGAUUUCUGUCACGUCAAUCUCUGUAAACCAUGUAUUGGAGAACACAUUGCUGAUGAAUAUGAAAACCAUAAAAUAGUCCCGUUCCAAAAAAAGAAAUCAACCUUGAUUUUUCCAACGUGUACAACACAUCCAUUAAAAACUUGUGAUUUACAAUGCAAGGAAUGUGACAUUUAUGUCUGCCCUUCAUGUUUUACGUCAAGUCAACAUAAAGGGCACAGUUUUUUAGAACUCUCAGAAAUAUACAACUCAAAAAAAGAUGAUAUCGCAAAAGAUACAGAGGAAUUGCAAAAAAUUAUUUCUCCAACAUACAAAGAAAUGACAAACGAUCUCGAAACACAGAUAGCAAAUUUGGAUGGAAAAUAUGAAAAACUUACAACAGCAGUGACAGAACAUGGAAAACAAUGGCACAAAGAAAUUGACAAUGUCAUCAAUGCCAUGAAAAAAGAAAUUAUUGAAUCAAAAGGAAAACAUUUUUACAUUCUCAAGAAACAUGCAGAAGAAGUGAAACAAAUACAGUCCCUUAUUGAACAAAGUCUGCGCAACCUGAAGAAAAUUGAAGAAUCAAAUAUAGUGUCCAUGACCACAGAAUAUAGCUCCAGAAACAAACAAUUCAGUAAACUUCUUCCCAAACUUAAGAUAUCAAUGCCAAUGUUUGAUCAAAGACCAGUUGAUAGAGAGCAGCUCUAUGAGUUGUUUGGAUCUCUUGCACCUUUAUCUACGACAACAGAAGAAAAUGGCUACAAACUGAAGAAACCAGAAACAACAAGCAGAGAACUGCUGCUCAAACCAGAACUUAUCACUACUAUAGAUACUGGGUAUGAAAUACUCCGCAAUGUUACCUGCCUCAGUGAAGAAGAAAUCUGGACAAGUGGAAUUGUCAGUGAUAUGAAAUGCUUUAACAUUCAUGGCUCUCUAAUCAACACAAUAACAAAAAAAUCAGGGGGAGCACCAAAUGAUAUAGCAGUGACAUGUGAUGGUGAUGUACUGUACCCAGAUGGGAAAACAAAAACUUUAAAUAAAGUAAAUACAGAACAGACAGAAGAGAUGAUCAAAUUACAGGGCUGGAGACCGCUCAAUCUCUGUGUCACCUCCUCUGGUGAUCUCCUGGUUACAAUGUACAGUGAUGACCAAACACAAUCCAAAGUUGUUCGUUACUCAGGCUCCACAGAGAAACAAACAAUCCAGUUUGAUGAGGAGGGUAAACCUCUGUAUUCCGAAAAUAAAAAAAUUAAGUACAUAAGUGAGAACAGAAAUCUGAAUAUCUGUGUGGCUGAUUUUGGAGCUGGUGCUGUAGUAGUGGUCAACCAAACUGGAAAACUCCGAUUUAGAUACACUGGUCAUCCCUUUGCAAUAAAGAACGAACCAUUUAAACCCUGUGGUAUUACAACAGACAGCCAGAAUCAGAUCCUGACAGCAGACAGUGAUAACCACUGUAUCCACAUCCUAGACCAGGACGGACAGUUCCUCCGGUAUAUAGAUAACUGUGAUCUGAAGCAUCCAUUUGGUAUAUGUGUGUAUAUUAAUAAUUUUUUUGUUGCUGAAAAUAAUUUUACAUAUUCUUUUUAUUUCUAGAACUUGACUUGAGUCGCCAUGGAUCCACAUCUUUGUGCCCAGGAUGUGAUCAGAUGUGACCUUUGUGAGACAGCUAUAGUACAGAUGUACUGUGAUUUCUGUCAUGUCAACCUUUGUAAACCCUGUAUUGGAGAACACAUCGCUGAUGAAUAUGAUAAACAUAAAAUUUUCCAAUUCCAACAUAAGAAAUCAACUUUUAUUUAUCCAAAAUGUGCAACGCAUCCAACCAAAACUUGUGAAGUAAAAUGCAAGGAAUGCGACAUAUCGGUUUGUUCCAUAUGCGCUGUUUCACAACAGCAUAAAAAACACAAUUUCUUAGUUCUCGCUGAACUAUACAACUCAAAGAAAAAUGAUAUCGCAAAAGAUAAAGAAGAAUUACAAAACAUUAUUUCUCCAACAUAUGAAGAAAUCACAAAUGAUCUAGAAACACAGAUAGCUAACUUGGAUGGAGAAUAUGAGAAACUUACAACAGCAGUGACAGAGCAUGGAAAACAAUGGCACAGAGAACUUGACAAUGUCAUCAAUGAUAUGAAAAAAGAAAUUUAUGGUUUAAAAGAAAAACACUUUGACAUUCUCAAGAAACAUGCAGAAGAAAUAAAACAAAUACAGUCUCUUAUUGAACAAACUCUGCUCAACCUGAAGGAAAUUGAAGAAUCAAAUGAAGUGUCAAUGGCCAUAGAAUACAGCUCCAGAAACAAAGAAUUCAGUAAACUUCCUCCCAAAGUUCAGGUAUCACUGCCAAUGUUUAAUCCAAAAUCAGUAUAUAGAGAACAGAUUUAUAAGUUGUUUGGAUCUCUUGCACCUUUAUCCACCACAACAGAAGAAAAUGGUCACAAAAGAAUGAAACCAGAAACAUCAAGCAGAGAUAUGCUGGAAGAGCCAGAACUUAUCACUACUAUAGAUACUGGGUAUGAAAACCUUCGCAGUGUCACCUGCCUCAGUGAAGAAGAAAUCUGGACAAGUGGAUAUAGAGUCAGUGAUAUGAAAUGCUUUAACAUUCAAGGCUCACUUAUCAAGACAAUCAAAACAAAGUCAGGAGGAGUGCCGAGUGAUCUAGCAUUGACAGGUGAUGGGGAUCUAGUGUACUCUAACAGUAAAACAAGGACUUUGAAUAAAGUGAAGAAUGGACAGACAGAGGAGAUGAUCAGACUGCAGGACUGGGCACCUACACAACUCUUCGUCACCUCCUCUGGUGAUCUCCUGGUUACCAUGUACAGUGAUGAUGAAACCCAAUCCAAAGUUGUCCGUUACGUAGGCUCCAUAGAGAAACAAACAAUCCAGUUUGAUGAGGAGGGUAAACCUCUGUAUUCAGGAAAUAAUAGGGUUAAAUACAUCAAUGAGAACAGAAACCUGGAUAUCUGUGUGGCUGACUAUGGAGCAAGUGCUGUAGUUGUGGUCAACGAAGCUGGAAAACUCCGAUUUAGAUACACUGGACAUCCUUCUGCUACAAAGAACAAGCUAUUUAUACCCGUGGGCAUCACAACAGACAACCAGAGUCAGAUCCUGACAGCAGACAGUGAUAACCACCGUAUCCACAUCCUAGACCAGGAUGGACAGUUCCUACGUUAUAUAGAAAACUGUGAUCUGAAGGAUCCAUAUGGUUUAUGUGUGUAUAAAAAUAAUAUAUUUGUUGCUGAGUGGAAAGGAAAAGUUAAGAAAAUUAAAUAUUUGAAAUAGACAUAUUUGUAUAUAGUUAAAUAUAAGCUUGUGUAUGUCAUUAUGCUUUUAUUAUGGCUCUAUUUUGUAAAUAAAAGUAUUUUAAUUUAAGUUAUAAUUUUAUUUUUAUUAAAUCUUAUAUUGUUUAUC